CCAACUACAAGCCCAGAAUAUUGCUGGUACUCAAACCCAACAAUCUUCCAAUGAUGAUCUCACCUUGAAAUCAACUGACGACUUCACUCAGUACAACGAUCAGCCAGCCCAACCUGGACGAACAAUUGACACCAGUCUUCCUUGGCAUAAAAUCCAAAGAAUAAACCAACUUACUCACUCUUUACAUGCCGCCCAAUAAACCAAGAAAAGUAACCAAAAAAAAAACAAGCUGCUGCCGCUCGUUUUUUCCAAAAACCUUCUUCCAGCCAAGGUUUCAAUUAUGUAUAUAUAUUCCAAUCAAGGCAAGAAUCCCAGUAGGAAAACUGCGAACAAUUCUCAGACGUUUGGGAAUUUUAAAUGGACAACUCUUAGACAUACACUAUCCUGCUAGGAACCUCGCUACCAUCUUAGUCCACAAUGACUAUUCCUCUGAACUUAAAUCUACGCUUAAACAACGUGGUGUAACCGUAGAUGAAGAAUUUGACCCCUUCAAUGGUAAAACUCUCAUGGACUCUAAAUACAACAAUCACUCGGAAUACCAACGUGACCAAAUCGCUUCCUUUGUUCACAAACGCAGACUGAUAACUGCAUUGCAGCACAUACGCGAACCUGUCAAGUUUGCGGUUGCCCGAUACUUCUUCCAACAGCAAUGGAUUUCCAAAGCAGUUUUUGACCAAACAAUGGCCUCAAGAUCCUCACUACUUGAUGAUGUUUUUCUUAUGGAAAAUUUAAUAAUAAUAAAAUUUAAUAAUAAUAAUUCAAUUUUAAA